ACACACCUGACAGAUCCACGAUACAGCGGGAGACUUCUGUGGAGUUUGGGCAAACAAAUGACUGAAAAGUCUUGUUAUGUAUAUCAAUUAAAAAUUUCAGUAUUCAUUUUGAUUUUUAAAACUACAUCGCAAUUUUAAACUCAAACUGGUUGAGAAUAUGCGUUCGUGAAAACACCUGCGUGAUUCAGGUGACUCGCCGAUGAAGAGGGAAGUCAGACAACACUGACAAGUUUGACGUGCAGGGAUGUGUUCCAGUCGGAGUAUAUGUGGCAACAGAAACGGUUCUCAAAACAGGUCCUCCAACAGGACAAGCAGUGGUUCAGGGGCCUAUUAUGCCCUGUGUGCCCUGGGAAUUGGACUCAUCGCUCUAGGUAUUAUCAUGAUCGUGUGGACUGUCAUACCCGUUGACAAAGAGACUACAAACACCUCUUCAGCUUCAUCAGGUAACUCCACCGUGCCUGCAAACAGCAAUGAAGAGACUGCAGACAGGACAAAGACCUCAUCAGUGGCUUUGGUGCUUGUUGGCGUUGGCGUUGCCUUGCUGCUUUUGUCCAUCUUCCUUGGCGUAAGGAACAAACGCAGGUCACGAAGCAUAGCGAGACAGCCAGCGCCAGCAGCAGCAAGCACGUUCACGGACCAUGUGGCAGGAGAGCACGAAGAGAGAGCUCCUGAUUCUACCACGUACAACGUGCCCAGCUAUGAUGAGGUCAUCGGCAGCAGUGACUACCCGGUGCGCCAAAGCAACCUGCGCCAAAGCACCAGCCAGCUGCCGUCCUACGAGGAUAUCAUUGCUGCUGUUGAAAAUGAGGGGUCAGAGCCAACAACCAACCCCACAGAAGACUCAGAAAAUCAUGAUGCGGCUCCCGCUGAGCCCCAGGCGGAGACCUGCCCUGCACCAGACGUCCGUUGGCCUGCCCGCACCACCAGCAGGGCCAGUCGUUUACUGCGGCCUCUCCUCAUGCGGAGGAUCAAGUCAGACAGACUGCAUCUGAGGGACUUCCGUCUCCAAAUCCGCACCCCCACACAAAACCCGGUGACCAUUGAACCAAUAACACCACCACCGGAGUACGAAAAUAAUCCGCCUGACUUAGGUUAGCGCCUUUAUGUCGCUUGUUUUUGUUGAAUAUAUCUGUAUUAACAGGACUCAUGGUAACAUUUCUUGGGUGGGAAACCAUGGCAAUUUUCAUUGUUGUCAAGUCUGUUAAUUGUGUCCAGAUGUGCUAUAAUAUUGCCAUUGCUCCUAAAAUAUUUCAGAUGGAUCACUUAUCAUUUAAUUGUGUGAUCAGACAGAGUGUUUGUGGGUCCAUGUUACAUGAUUAGCUGGAACUGAGGGGAUGUUUGGUUUUAAUUCAUACUUGAUGCCAUAACUUAUGUCAAUUAUGUUUAGCGGCAAAUGUCAUAGGUGCUGUACUGGGAAGCAUUCUCUACUCAUCUACUCUCAAGGAAAUUAAUAAUGUAGUUACUAACUAGUGGUGAAUGUUGUGGUACUACUAAAGGAAAAUGAACAUUUGCUUGUAAUUUUAAUGACUAUCAGAAACAAGAGAUAUAUGAAUCUUUAAUUAAACAAAGUCGUUUGUGGUUUCUAAGCAGCUAAUUGCUGAAUGAUUUUUCUAAGCUUUUACUACUUGUGUUUAUGAAAAUCUUUUUAGGAAAAAAUAAUUUUGGAAAUGAUAAAAAAUAAUGUCAGCUUUCACAGAAAUUUGGGGGAGGGGCCAUUUGGAUGGUAUGUGAAGUCUGUUCAACAAGACGUCUGUCCUAAAGGACCAGUGGCCCCCAUAGGCGUCAAACUGACUCCAGAAAGGUCCCAAGAGGGUGUAGGUUUUCUUUGCAGCCACCAACUCCACCAGGUGAUCUCACAGAUUAUCACUUUGAGUAGAUGAGUUCAUAAAUGAAGUCACCUGUUGGAGUUGGUGGCUACAAAGAAAACCUGCACCCUCUUGGCCCUUUCUGGAGUCAGUUUGACACCUGUGGAGUAGAGGGACAGGUAUUUAAAUCUUCCAUUCUUCCUCCCAAAAAAUAGUGAGUGAAGGAAGCAUCCUCUGAACUCGUGAGACUGCUGUGAGAUGAAAUUAUGUUCAAAAUAUGUUUACCACAUGAGGGUCUGGUGUGGAGUUACUAUGCAACAAAGACCAGACGAGUAUGUACGCACAUGGACCCCGUUUCUUCAGCUCCCACACUGUGGCAGCAGAUACUAACAAUGGAUAAAUGCUGGGACCAACUGUGAUCUACAAUGUGAAGGUGUACAUACAGUACCAUACUGGAUGUAAUAUUGGGGGGUGAACAUCUCAUACUGUUCAAGAUUUUAAAAAUGACAUGUCUGAAGGCUUCAGACUAUUCUGCUGUUUUGUUAGUGAAUAAAUUGUUGGAAUUAGAA